GGAUCAGCUCGCGGAACUGAUCGCAUUCAGACGCUGAAACUACUUACAGAGUACAGAAGGGGAGACGCUUCGCACCGGAAUACAAAGAAAGUUGUUUUUUUCUACGAGAAGGAUUUUCUAAGAGGCUUCAAACACAAAUGGGGACCGCCUGGUUUGCGGUUUUGGGAGUUUUAUUCGUCAUUUUCCAGGUAAACGGACAAGUUGUCCUUCAUGAGGGUCACCAAAAGCUUGAGAUGGACUCUGCCACUAAACAGGAUGAUCCAGGACUGAAGAUUACGAAGAGAGGCUGGAUUAUCCCUCCUCUUAGUGUUUCUGAGAAUCACAGAGGACCUUAUCCACUUGUUCUUGCUCAGAUUCGCUCUGAUUUCGAUAAAGUGAAGAAGAUCCUUUACAAAAUCACUGGUCCUGGAGCUAAUGAGUUUCCUGUUUGUCUUUUCACCAUGGAUAGAGACACUGGUCAUCUGUAUGUCAGACAGGAACUGGACAGAGAGAAACAGGACAAGUACAUGCUUUUUGCCCAUGCUGAGGAAGCCGGAAGUGGUACAGAUGCAGAGCAACCUAUGGAAAUUAUAAUCAAUGUAAUUGACCAGAAUGACAACAAACCUGUUUUCAAUCAGUCUACCUAUAAGGGAGAAGUUCCAGAGGCUUCGACAAAAGGUUUUGAGGUGAUUCAGGUUGUGGCCACAGAUGCUGAUGAGCCAAAUACUGACAACUCUGAUAUCAGGUACCGUAUAAUGAGUCAGAAGCCAGAGGAGCCCAGUCCCAACAUGUUUACCAUCAAUCCAGCAACUGGAGUCAUCAGAGUCAACGAAGCUGAACUGGACCGAGAGAAAGUCCCAAAGUAUGAACUGGUAGUAAUGGCAGCUGACAAUAAAGGAGAAGGUUUGACUGGAUUUACCAAAGUGAUUAUCAAAGUGACGGACAGCAACGAUCACGCUCCAGUCUUUACAGAGUCCAGAUAUGAGGCCACAGUUGAAGAGAAUAAAGUAGACGCUCUAGUUGUUAAGAUGUUGGUGAAGGACGGUGAUGAGCCUCAUACCAUGGCCUGGAAUGCAAAGUUCAGCAUCAUUGAUGGAGAUCCAGGAAAUCUGUUUACUGUGGAAACAGGAACAAACAAACAAGAAGGAAUCAUCAGUACUGCUAAGAGUCUGGACUUUGAGAGAACCAGUAAGCACACUCUACUGGUCACAGUGGAGAAUGAGGCUCCUUUUGCUGUCCCCUUGGUCACUUCCACUGCUACAGUGGUGGUGACUGUGGAGGAUGUCAAUGAACCUCCCAUCUUUGAUCCUAAAGAGAAGCAUGUUUCCAAACGUGAGGAUCUUGCUGUGAACAGCACUGUGGUGCGAUACACAGCUACUGAUCCAGACGUUGGACGCAAACAGAAAGUCAUGUAUAAAAUACUCGAUGACCCAGCUGGCUGGCUUGUCAUUGAUAAGGGUACUGGUGAGAUAAAAGUGAGAAACCAAAUGGACAGAGAAGAUAAUGCUGUCAAAGAGAAUAAAUACACAGCAUUGAUUGGUGGAUAUGAUGAUGAUGAUCAGAUCCCAGCUACAGGAACUGGAACUCUGAUCAUUACACUUGAGGACGUCAACGACAACCCCCCCUCCGUUGACGAUCGUUUAGUUAAAAUGUGUAACAAGAAGCCAGUUUCUCAGCUGCUAAGUGUAACAGAUAAAGAUGGACCAGGCUUUACUUUUCCAUACAGCGUCAUCUUACUGGACUCUGCUAAGACUAACUGGACCGCUAGGAUGAACGACAACAAAACUGGUAUUGUUCUGACUUUGACACGUGAGCUGGAGAGUGGAACUUACAAAGUGGGCAUGAAGGUUUCAGACAACCAGGGCCUGUUUCAGAUCAACACAAUCGAAGCUGAAGUGUGUGACUGCACUGGAGAAGAAGUGAGGUGCAUAGAGAAAGUUAUUGCUGGCUCCAGCAUGCCAGUCAUCCUGGGAAUACUCGGUGGCGUCCUCCUGCUACUUAUGCUGGUCCUGCUGCUGCUACUGUUGGCAAAUAAAAACAAGCCAAAGAAGGGACAACCUUUGCUCCUAGAUAACGACAUCAGAGACGACAUCUUUUGUUAUGAUGAGGAGGGAGGCGGAGAGGAGGACCAGGACUACUUUGAUCUGGGUGUUCUCCACCGUGGCUUGGACAACCGUCCCCAUGUGUUCAGGGAUGAAGUGGCUCCAGUUUUUCAGACACGGCCUGUUGUGUAUAAACCUCGACCCGCCAACCCAGAAGAUAUCGGAGGCUUCAUUGAUGAUAACCUAAAGGCGGCAGAUAACGACCCGACUGCUCCCCCCUACGACUCCCUGCUGGUGUUUGAUUAUGAAGGAGGCGGUUCUGAAGCUGGAAGCAUUUCGUCUCUGAACUCGUCAAGCGAUGGAGACCAGGACUAUGACUGCCUCAGCGACUGGGGGCCUCGCUUCAAGAAACUGGCCGACAUGUACGGAGGAGGAGAUGAUGACAUGAUGUGAAUGUACCAGUACUGAGGAAAAGUAGCUGCAUGAGUUUAAGUGUGCUGGAGUAACUGCAUCCGUGAGAUGUUAGUUUGUGAAUUUUAGUUCAUGCCCAUUGGCAGUUGAGCCACUGCAGAGUUUGGUUUUAUGAAUUUUCCCCAUUAGAGAAGUUUUUGAGCCUUUUGUUGUUUUGUUUUUUUAGGCUGGCCAAAAAUGUUUUAUUUGUAGCUUACUGGUAUAGUGGUCUCAUACACUGAACAAUUUGCAUCAUCACUGGUUUUAAAAAAAAA